AUGACAAUUGAUCCUUUUGAAGACAAUGCUUCACCAGAUGAGGGAACCCACGACAAUGUGGGUGGAAAUGAUGAUAAUGUCACAGCCAUCGGGACUUCAGAUGAAUGGAAUACGUUUAGAGAUAAUUUAGCACAAACAAUGUUUGAUUCUUGGAAUACAACAAACCGAUGUUUGGUUGAAAAAAGUCGAAAUUAUAGGACGUCGACAACACAUGAAGAUGCUAAGCUUGUGGAGGCGAUGUUAAAUAUGGCAAAUGCGGGACCUGAAAACUGGAGAAAUAAAUCACUUCCACAUUAUGAUGACUUGUGCAUCAUUUUUGGAAAAGAUAGGGCUCAAGGGAAUAGAGUCGAAGAUUGUGAGGUUAUGUCACAUAAUGAAACUGUGGAAGAAGAAUUAUUGAAAAUGGAAGAUGAUUUCAAUGAGAAAAGUGAGGAAAUUUCAUCCACGGCAAAUAGGCAAAGUGAGGAAACUUCAAGUGCUAAUACUAAGAAAAGGAAGCAUAAAUUUGAUCCUUUCAUUGAGGGAAUAUCCAAAGUUGUGACGUUACUUGGAAAAGAUCUUCGGGAAGUAUCGGCCACCAUGUCUCAAUCUUUAAAUGCUGAAGCGGAGUUACAAAAGAAAACUUCUAUGGUGACUUCUGAAAUUUUGAAGAUUCCAUCAAUGGAUCAAAGGGAUAAGUUUAAAGCAAGUCGAAAGAUAAUGCACGAGACGGAAGCAGUGUUGACCUUUUGGAACUUGGAAGGUGAAGAACGUGAAACUUUUGUGAAGCUCAUGUUGGAAGAAUGA